AUGACAAACAGCACCUCGGACCACUACUAUAAUAAACGCAACGACGUCCUCAUCGGCGAAAUCUUCCACUCCCAACUCGCCGACCUCCAAAAUUUCACAUCAAGCUCAAGCUCCCAACGCCCUCACGCAACCGCUACGAAAUCUUCACCAGCCGCCCUUGGCCAAACCCCUCCGAGCAUGUCCGGCCAUACCACCCAACCCGACGGCGAACCUAAACCAGGUUCAGGCGUCCCAACCCACGCCCACGCCGACAAGGACGGCCACUUCCGCCGGAAAGAUAGUGCCUUCCGCGACCGCAUCUCGAGGGAUUCUAACGCCAAGUUUCCCGCGGAGGGGGGGCGGUAUGCGUUGUAUAUGAAUUAUGGGUGUCCGUGGGCACAUCGGGCUGUGCUUGUUAGGGCGUUGAAGGGGUUGGGGGAUGGGGCGACGGGGAGGGAGGGGGUGGUGGAGAUGAUUGCUACGGAUUUCGAUUUGACGGAGAAUGGAUGGUUGUUCACGGGGAAGAAUGGGAGUGAGGAGAAGGAUCCGUUGUAUGGGUUCAAGGGUCUGAGGGAGUUGUAUAUCAAAGUUGAUCCGGAGUAUACUGGACGAUAUACUGUGCCUUGUCUCUUUGACAAGAAGACGGAGACGAUUGUGAAUAACGAGAGUAGUGAGAUUAUCAGGAUGCUCUAUACGGAGUUUGACGAUUUGCUGCCGGCGGAGUUAAGGGAGGAGAAUAAAGAGGGUGGAGGAUUUUAUCCGGAGCAUUUGAGGAAGGAGAUUGAUGAGAUGAAUGAAUGGGUCUACAACACCAUCAACAACGGCGUCUACAAAUGCGGCUUCGCCACAACCCAAGAAGCUUACAACACCAACAUCCACCCCCUCUUCGCCUCCCUCGACCGCAUCGAAUCGCACCUCUCCUCCCCCUCCCAUCAACCCUUCCUCUUCGGCCCCUACAUAACCGAAGCCGACAUCCGCCUCUACACCACCUUGAUCCGCUUCGACUCAGCGUACUACACCAUCUUCCAAUGCAACCUCAGGUCGAUCCGACACGAUUAUCCCAACAUUCACCUGUGGCUGAGGAGGUUGUAUUGGGAUGAGACGGAGAGGACGAAGGGGGUGUUCAGGGAGACGAGCUUUUUGGAGGCGUAUCGGUACGGGUAUGCUAGGGCCAGGGGGAGGAUGUUGAGGGGUGGCAAGGACCUGGAGGAUGGGAGGGAGAUUGUUGUGCCGGGUGGGCCGGAGGUGGGGGUGGAGGAGUUGAAGGAUGGGCAGAGGUUGGAGUAG